AUGAACCUCAGUGCUCUCUUGGGUCUCCUUACCUUUGCCGCUGUGGCCACGGCUCUUCCCUCCAACCCCCAUGGCCAGCCGCAUACUGACAAGUCAAUCGCGCAACUCAAGUCGCACAUCAAGAAUGUCGUUGUCCUUGUCAUGGAGAACCGUUCCUUUGACAACCUGCUGGGUGGCCAGAAACACCAUGGUCUCGAAAACCCCGUCAACAGCGGCCCAUUCUGCAACCCUUUCAACUUGACUGAUCCAUCCGAGGGGUCCGCUUGCACUGAGCCCAAGGACUAUGACUCUGUGUCCAAUGACCCCGACCAUUCUGUCUACGGCAACAACAUCGAGUUCUUUGGUACCUUUAACCCUGUGGAGGGUGCUGUCCCCCACAAUCAGGGUUUCCUCCAUGAGCAGAUGCGCCGCUACAGCUCCAAGGUCAACAAGACUACCUUGGCUACUCAGGUCAUGCACUACUAUACUGAAGAGCAGGUCCCAGUUCUGACCUCCCUGGUCAAGAAUUUCGUGACCUUUAACCACUGGCACUCUGAUAUCCCGGGUCCCACGGACCCCAACCGUGCUGCCAUCGUUUCCGGCUCUUCUUAUGGCCACGGCACCAACGACGCUGGGUUCCACGCUCACAAGCUCCCCCAAAGGUCCAUCUGGGAGCAAUUGACCGAGACCAACCACACCUGGCUCAACUACUGGGACCCCGCCGGCGGCACGGGCCCUGACUCCGGGUACUUCACCUGGACCUACUCCACCGGCAACAACGAUAAAAUCGUGCACCUCGACCAGUUCUACACCGACGCCGCCGCCGGGAAACUCCCCGAGUUCUCGUACAUCAACCCGUCCUGCUGCGGCGUCGGCACAACCUCCAUGCACCCCAGCGGCCUCAUCUCCGACGGCGAGGCCCUCAUCAAGCAAGUCUACGAGGCUGUCCGCAACAGCCCCCAGUGGGAAGAAACCCUCUUCGUGCUCACCUUUGACGAGACCGGCGGUUUCUUCGACCACGUCCUCGCCCCCUCCGCCCCCCGCCCAGACAACCAGACCUACACCGAGUCCACCCCCAGCGGCGAGCCCUACACCCUCACCUUCGACCGCCUCGGAGGCCGCAUCCCCACCCUGCUGAUCUCCCCCUGGAUCAGCAAGGGCCACGUCGAGCAGAAGGGCCUCAACAGCGACGGCCAGACCGUCUCCUACUCGGCUUCGUCGUUGCUCCGUACCCUGGGCUACCUGUGGGACUUCGAACCCUUCAACCCCCGCAUCGAAGCGGCCGCGUCCUUCGAGCAUCUGAUCACCCGCACUUCCCCUCGCCAGGGUUCGCCGACUGUUCUUCCCUCCGCUGCGGCUUUUACGGCGUAA